AUGGCCUCCGAGUCGUCCAACAACUAUCGCGAGCGCGCCCACACUCGUGAUCGCGUCAUCAUCCAAGACUACGGUCAGUUCCUCAACUCGGCAACUGCGAGUUUGGUAUUACCAACGGACAAAAAGGAAGAGUCCGAGUCCGACCGACUUCAAAUGGUGCAUGAUCUCUUCCAGGCCGUGAACUGGGCAAAGUUCUCUGGGGGUUUACUCGUCAACGCCAUUAGCAUGGACUUCUCGGUCUUGGGAGGCUCCUUACUUGCGCGGGGUGGGUUCUUCCAAGCUCACCGCUACCCUGGCCAGAGAGUUGCAAAGUAUCCCUUAAUCCCCGACGACACUGGUAUUCUUCCCAAGAGCACCUACAAGUCUCUGUUGAAAGAGCUGCGAAUCCUUUGCCAUGCUCCGCUCAAGGAACACGACAACAUCGUCCAGCUAAUCUCCGUCCAAUGGGCCCGGAUUGAUCCAGUUGCGCACUCGUGGAUUCCAGUGUUUCUUUUGGAGGAGGCUCAACAUGGGUCUCUUCAGCAGUACGUCUUGUCGGAGAAGCCCGAUAUCAAGACUUGUUUACAGCUCAGCCAAGAGAUUGGGAGCGGUCUACAGGCCCUUCACGCCAGCGGGGUCGUCCACGGAGAUCUGAAAUUUCAGAAUGUUCUCGUCUUCGAUCUGGGAGACGGGCGAGUGAGGGCAAAAUUGUCCGACUUUGGUAGUUCUGUUAUCAAGGCCAAGGAUCACCGGACGGUUACCCUCACUACGGGAACUCCCCCGUGGACCUCACCAGAGCACAACGAGCCGGUUCAUAGCGGUUUGCUGUGCGGCACAGAUACGUAUUCGUAUGGUCUUCUUGUGUGGAAGCUCUGUCUCCCGGGCCAAAGUCCGUUUGACGGCCAGGACAGUGAAGAUAUCUGGCGGCGGAAGAAAAGUGACCUGAUCCUCGGCGAAGCGGUCGUGUCUCUCGAAGAAGGCUACCGGAAGGCCAUGCUCCUUGCAGGCCAGGCAGCCAGCGGUACUCGCUUUCAGUCGUACAUGCUGGCCGUGUCGAUACCUCGACGAUCUCUUCAACACUGUCUUUCCGCUUCGAUAGAGAAAAGGGACCUCGAUAAGGCGGUGGAGUCACUGCACUAUAGCCCAGAUGCGUCUAUGGGAGAUCUUCCCAACCCGAAGAAGAGUGACGUUGGCGAAGACGAGGGAUUGUUCGCAAAAAGUUCUUUGAUGGUUAGCCACCUACUGCUGUUCGACGUGCCCAGGAGUGUCAAGGCCAUGCUUCAUCAGUGUCUAACCGAAAUUACCGAAAAUCCCAAAGCAGUGGACUGGAUCACCGGGAUCGAGUCCUUGUUCCAGCUUAGUCUCCAAACUUUCGAUGGUUUUGGGCAGACGGAGGACAGCAUGGCUUCCGCAGUGUCCUUGAUGAGAAAUGCCGCUAUGGCAGGCGAACCCAUCGCCCAAGUGAUGUUGGGGCAGUUCUACGAAGCCUCCGGGGUGGUGAUGGAUGCUACGAUGAGAAACGAGUGCGAGACGCUAUUGGUUCAAGGGGUUGAAAACGGCUCACUUCUUGCACGAAUCUGGCUGCAUCGUUACAACCCUGAAGCAUUGCGAAAGGCUGAACAAAAUCAGGCCCAAAAAGUAGCUGGAGUGUCGCUGGGGAAAGAGAAUGACUCCAGGUUCCACCUCAAAGACAUGAUCGACGGGCUAUUCAGCGAAUGCGCUUUUACUUCAAUGUCCAGCCUACUUUCAGCAGUUCCGAGGAUGCAGAGCAUGUGGUUGGGUCAACGGAGGAACUCACUCUUGCAUACCGGGGCUGCUUUUGGGGUGAAUCCCGAUCGGUUUCGGGCAUUCCUGGGACUGUUGCGCAGUAUCAUCAACACCAGAGAUAACGAUGGUAACACACCACUCCUGCUUGCAGUUCGGUUUGCUCAUAUCGAGAUCGCCAAGCUUUUGCUUGAGAACGGAGCAGAUGCUUCGUUGACAAAUAACCGAGGAGAAACCCCUUGGCAUUGGCUUGCUGCCAUCGAGAAGCUGGAAGACAUCAUCGGCCUAGUAAAGCUUUUGAAACGGCAUGGAAAGAGUGUCCUCAACGCCACAGCAGAGCCGCCACAUCGCUUCAUCGACAUAUUCGGCAUCACCUAUGGAGGCACAGCCCUGCACUGGGCCGUAGAGCUGGGGAUGACUGGACUCGCAAGGACACUCGUCUCAUGCGGGGCAGAUAUCCAAAACGCCUUCAAGGGAGUAACACCGGUGGAUAUUGCCAUUCGGAGGAACAAACCGGAGAUCCUCCGCGUAUUUCUUGAGGAGUUACGUCAAAGAGGCGAAACUCUCGCCCAGCCGAUUCUCCCUUUUAUGCUCGACCGGACUGGUAAGAGCAACUCCAUUGGCACAUUGUUCGAGAAUUACGUUGUCCAGGCCAUAGCCCUUCAUCCAUUUCACGAACGGCUGGCGUAUGGAGGUAAAGGCUGGGCUGACGCCUUGAGGCACACUCUGUUUGUCCUUCGCGAAUUUGACUUGGCUUCGAAAGUCCCAAUAUCGGCACUCCCUCAGCUCCUAUGUUCAACGGGGAACAGCACCGUUUUCUUGAAAAUGCUUUCCGAAGAAGAUUUUCUGGAAGGUGGGAGUGACCAGGCAAAGUUCUGGGCCGAUGUCGCAGAGAAGAUCAUCGCAACAGCUGACACCGCAAAUGUCUUGUAUGCCAUGAAGCGUGCUCAGGCAUACUCUGCCGACGGCCGCAUUCCGAACGCAGAGAAGCUCCUGGACCUCUGUACAGAGAGUUUCGGAUGUGACGGAACUGUAGUGGAUGUGAUUGCCAGUGAGGACAUCAAGAUGGAUUUCCUUACACAGCAGUCCCGGACACCCCUAAUGAGAGCAAUUUUGAACCGGAAUUUUGAGAUUGCUUCUACUCUCAUCCAGCAUGGGGCCGACGUCAACGCCAUGUGGAAGCCGAUUGAUCCCAAUUCGCCUGACAAAGAGCAUCCUGGUGUGAACAUUCUCUUCGAGUAUCUCACGACCAACCUAGAUACAGCCUUGGCGCCGCUGAGGUACCUCCUCGAACCAUUGCACUCGAAGAAAGACUUGGUUCCAUCGUUCAUUGUGAUGCCCAGCAAGAACAAAACCGCGCUGCACCUGGCUUGCCGAUACGGAAACCCCCUAAUCGUGGGCUAUAUCCUCAAGAAGUUCAAUACCCCAUACCACCUCGACUUCAUUGACAACGAAGGUUUCACGGCAUUGCACUUUGCGGUUUUUCACGGCCACGCCGACGUUGCAAGACAGCUCUGUGAAAAACGCGCGCGAGUCGACAUCCUCGCAGGGGACGAAUCUGUGAACCCCGAAGGCCGCUGCAACGCCCUAGACUACUGCCAUUGCCUGCGCGGCCCAGAUAUCAGUUGUCUGCAAGAAACCCACGGCAUAGUUCGAGACCGUGAGGAUGUCUACCUGGGUCGCUUGGAAAUCGCAAAAAUGCUGGUACGCGAGCGUCGGGCCGUUCGCACGGUUGGCUCAAAGGACGACGACGACAUGGUUUGGUCCCUCAAGCUGUGUUUAUACGCGGCGCAGAACAACAUGAAUCGUCUCCUGAAAGUUGCGCUGGAAGACCUCCGAAACGAUCCCGAGUCUGACAUGCCAUGGCAAGAUGCGUUAGACCUGCUUCUCGCUGACGCUGCGCUAAGGAGCCAAGCUGGCAGCACAAGACUUCUCGUCGAAUAUGGCGCGAAUGUGAACCAGGUGCUCCGUGGAGAUGAGAAAAUGACACUCCUUCACCAAGUUGUUGCGAAUAGGGAUGCCGAAAUGGCCUACCUGCUUUUGCGGGCUGGUGCUGAGGUGAAUGUGUACGAUAAGGCAGGCAAGACGCCCCUCUCGUAUGGUCUUCAGUGCCAGGAUCUGCCUACAUGGCGAGUGCUAAAACAUUUCGAUGGGACGAUCACGCUGGAGAGAGAUUCCAUGGCUCAAAUUCUGGCGAAGAACAUGGGCGGAGGUAUCGAGCGUGCGAUGGCGUUUCUGCAGGACCGGAAUGUUCAUAUGAUUGCUACGUUGGCAGGGGAGCUCAGUGAUGAUGACACAGCGUACGAGAGUGAUGCCGCUGAGGGGAAAGAAGAGGGAACGGAUGAGGACUGA